AAAAAUAAUCAACUUUUUUCUCUCCAACUCUCACUGUAAAUCAGUUUUUUCCUCUUCUUCCUUUCUUCUGCCUGUUUUCUUACUUUUUUUUUUACUGAAAACAAACUCAUACAUCAGGAAUGAGACGCUGUCAGUGAGGAUUAUUACUUUUCUGGGAGACUGACUCGAGGCUUGUGUGGAGCAGUUGCGUGGUGGCAUGGCCUGUUCGUUUUGCGGCGACAGCGAAGGUAUCAAUGCCUACAGCGUGACUAAUGGAGUGCUGAACAAUGGCUGCUUUGUGGACGCCCUCAACCUGGUUCCCCACGUCUUCCUGCUCUUCAUUACCUUCCCCAUCCUCUUCAUCGGUUGGGGCAGCCAAAGCUCAAAGGUCCAGAUCCAUCAUAACACAUGGCUUCAUUUCCCCGGCCACAACCUGAGGUGGAUCCUCACCUUCUCGCUGCUGUUCGUUCACGUGUGCGAGUUUGCAGAGGGCAUCGUCUCCAGCAAGAUAAUGGGAGGUUAUGAUCACCUCCAUCUCUACAUGCCAGCAUUCAUGGGCUUUGUAGCAGCGACAACGUCAGUGGUUUACUACCACAACAUAGAGACGUCCAACUUUCCCAAACUGCUGCUGGUCCUUUUCAUUUACUGGGUCCUGGCGUUCAUCACAAAGUCCAUCAAACUUUGGAAAUAUGCAGAGCACAAGGUUGGACCUCAACAGCUGAGGUUCUGUAUCACAGCUCUGUUAGUGGUCCUGUACGCGCUGCUAAUGGCUGUGGAGAUCAAUGUCAUAAGGGUCAGGAAAUAUGUGUUCUUUGCCAAUCCUCAGAAGGUGAAGCCACCAGAAGAUUUACAGGACUUGGGGGUUCGCUUUCUGCAGCCGUUUGUCAACCUGCUCUCCAAGGCGACAUAUUGGUGGAUGAAUCCUCUCAUCAUUGGAGCCCAUAGAAGGCCUAUAGAGCUGAAGAAGAUCGGCAAGCUGCCCAUCGCCAUGAGAGCCCUCACCAACUACCUGCGGCUCAAAGAUGCCUACGAGGAUCAGAGGACGGCGGAGGAUCCGGAUCGAGCCCCGUCGAUCUGGCGCUCCAUGUAUCGAGCAUUUGGACGUCCCAUCCUGCUCAGCAGCACCUUUCGCUACCUGGCGGACCUGCUGGGCUUUGCUGGGCCGCUCUGCAUCUCUGGCAUCGUAAAGUACCUGAACGCUGACGAAGACAGCGCCGCAGCAGACAAGACCACGCAGAUCUAUUUCGGUGUCCACUUCAUGUCGUCCACUAAGCUGCUGCAGAACACGUCGGUCCUGGCCGUUCUUCUCUUCCUGGCUUUAAUCUUGCAGAGGACCUUCUUGCAAGCCUCGUACUAUGUCACCAUAGAAACUGGCAUCAACCUGCGGGGAGCCCUGCUGGCGAUGAUUUACAACAAAAUCCUGCGUCUCUCCACCUCCAACAUGUCAAUGGGGGAGAUGACACUGGGACAGAUCAACAACUUGGUGGCCAUAGAGACCAACCAGCUGAUGUGGUUUCUUUUCCUCUGCCCCAACCUGUGGGCCAUGCCUGUACAGAUUGUGAUGGGAGUCAUCCUGCUGUACUAUUUAUUGGGCGCGAGUUCUUUGGUUGGAGCGGCUGUCAUAGUUCUUCUGGCUCCGAUCCAGUACCUCAUUGCUACAAAGCUGGCAGAUACACAAAAAAACACACUAGAACACUCCACAGAUCGCCUGAAAAAGACCACAGAGAUCUUAAAGGGCAUAAAGCUGCUGAAGCUGUACGCCUGGGAGAAUAUCUUCUGUGACAAGGUGGAAGAGACCAGAGGCAAAGAGCUAACCAGCCUCAAGACCUUUGCUUUCUACACAUCUUUGUCCAUUUUCAUGAACGCUGCUAUUCCUAUUGCGGCCGUUCUUGCGACGUUUGUGAUGUAUGACUUCAUCAAUAAAAGUGGCCCCAGUCCUUCUGAGGCCUUUGCAGCUUUGGCGUUGUUCCACAUCCUGGUCACCCCUCUCUUCCUGCUCUCCACUGUGGUCAGAUUUGCUGUGAAGGCUCUGAUCAGUGUCCAGAAGCUUGGUGAGUUUCUUCAGAGUGACGAAAUUGGAGACGACAGCUGGAGAAAUGGAGACAUGUCUGUUUCCAUGCAAGCUGGAAAAAAGCACCUGGGGUUGACCAAAGCCAUCAACAGGAAGCAGCCGAUGCGCUACCAGAUGGACAACUACGAGCAGCCAACCAGGCGACAGAUGCGACCCACGGAGACGGAGGAUGUGGCUGUAAAGGUGAGCAAUGGAUGCUUCACCUGGGGAAGCAACCUGUCGACACUGUCGGACAUCAACAUCCGCAUCCCGACAGGUCAGCUGACAAUGAUUGUGGGCCAGGUGGGUUGUGGGAAAUCUUCCCUGCUUCUGGCCAUGCUUGGUGAGAUGCAGGCCAUCGAUGGAAGAGUCUACUGGAGCAAGCUGCCUGAUUGUGAGAUGGUCCACGAGGGGAACAUAAGCAAGAACAGAUACUCUGUGGCCUACGCUGCCCAGAAGUCCUGGCUGCUCAACGCUACAGUGGAGGAAAACAUCACCUUUGGCAGCCCUUUCAAUAAACAGAGGUAUAAAGCAGUGAUUGACGCCUGCUCUCUGCAGCCAGACAUUGACCUGUUGCCUUUUGGAGACCAAACUGAGAUUGGGGAGAGGGGCAUCAACCUGAGUGGAGGCCAGGGACAGAGAAUCUGUGUGGCCAGAGCUCUCUACCAGAACACCAACAUCGUCUUCUUGGACGAUCCGUUCUCAGCGUUGGACAUCCACCUCAGUGAUCACCUGAUGCAGGAAGGAAUCCUCAAAUUCCUGCAGGAUGAUAAACGGACUGUGGUCCUGGUCACCCACAAACUGCAGUACCUGAUACAUGCAGACUGGAUCAUAGCAAUGAAGGACGGCUCCAUCCUGAGGGAGGGAACCCUGAAAGACAUUCAGACCCAUGAUGUACAGCUUUAUGAUCACUGGAAAACCCUGAUGAACAGGCAGGACCAGGAGCUGGAGAAGGACAUACAGCAGGACAGUCAAACAACAUUAGAGAGGAAAACACUGAGGAGAGCUUUCUACUCCAGAGAGGCCAAGAACCAAAUAGAUGAUGAGGAUGAAGAGGAAGAAGUGGAGGAGGAAGAUGAUGACAACUUGUCCAUGACCACGAACAGACGAUCAAAAAUCCCAUGGAAGGUGUGCUGGUGUUACCUGUCCUCUGGCGGUUUCUUCAUGGUCUUCCUGAUGGUGUCCUCUAAACUCCUCAAACACUCUGUCAUUGUUGCCAUUGACUACUGUUUGGCUCUCUGGACGUCCUCCAAAAUCAGUGUUUCCAAUGGAACUGUGCCCAAUGGAACCAGCCUGGCUGACAUCAGCAGCAGUAACACCACGCUCACCAACGACAACAAGAAUGAUUCCUACUACCUGCCGGUGUUUAUUAUCCUGUGUGCAGCUGGAAUCACUUUAUGCCUCAUCACCUCUCUCACUGUGGAGUUUCUGGGUCUCUCUGCAGCCACCAACCUGCACCACAACCUGCUCAACAAGAUCAUCCACGCUCCCAUCAGGUUCUUCGACAUCACUCCCCUGGGACAGAUCCUCAACAGAUUCUCAGCUGAUACAAACAUCAUCGACCAGCAUAUUCCUCCCACACUGGAGUCUUUGACGAGAUCCACGUUGCUGUGUUUGUCAGCCAUCGGGGUCAUAUGCUCCAUCACUCCCAUUUUUCUGAUUGCCUUGAUUCCCCUGGCGGCCGCCUUUUACUUCAUCCAGAAAUACUUCCGCGUGGCCUCCAAGGACCUCCAGGACCUUGAUGACUCCACACAGCUUCCUUUGCUCUGCCACUUUUCUGAGACCGCCGAAGGUCUUACCACCAUAAGAGCAUUCAGACAUGAAGCUCGGUUUAAACAGCGAAUGCUGGAGCUGACAGACACCAAUAACACAGCCUACCUGUUUCUGUCUGCCGCCAAUCGCUGGCUGGAGGUCCGAACGGACUACCUGGGAGCAGUGAUUGUGCUCGCCGCAGCAGGAGCCUCCAUAUGGAGUUUUCGUUUUGGUCUGCCCUCUGGAGGCCUGGUGGGCCUCGGACUCACCUACGCUCUCACUGUCACCAACUACCUGAACUGGGUUGUGAGGAACCUGGCAGACCUGGAGGUCCAGAUGUCAGCGGUGAAGAAGGUCAACAGCUUCCUCAGCACAGAGUCGGAGAACUACGAGGGAUCUAUGGACACCUCUCAGGUGCCUGAGAACUGGCCCCAGGACGGCGAGAUAAAGAUCCAGGACCUGUGUGUGCGCUACGAUCCCAUGCUCAAACCAGUGCUCAAACACGUCAACGCCUACAUCGAACCAGGCCAGAAGGUGGGAAUCUGUGGUCGCACGGGCAGCGGGAAGUCUUCUCUGUCGCUGGCCUUUUUCAACAUGGUGGACAUUUUCGAAGGGAAGAUCAUCAUCGAUGGGAUCGACAUCUGCAAGCUUCCACUGCCGACUCUCAGGUCGCGACUCUCCAUCAUCCUCCAGGAUCCAGUGUUAUUCAGUGGAUCAAUAAGGUUUAAUCUUGAUCCAGAGAGGACGUGCACUGAUGACCGACUGUGGGAAGCACUGGAGAUCGCUCAGCUGAAGAACAUGGUGAAGGCGCUGCCUGGAGGUCUAGAUGCGGUCGUGACUGAAGGCGGUGAGAACUUCAGUGUCGGUCAGAGGCAGCUCUUCUGUUUGGCCAGAGCUUUUGUCAGAAAGAGCAGCAUCCUCAUCAUGGAUGAAGCCACAGCAUCUAUAGACAUGGCUACGGAGAAUAUCUUACAGAAAGUGGUGAUGACUGCAUUUGCAGACAGAACGGUCGUUACCAUCGCACACCGUGUCCACACCAUCCUGACAGCUGAUCUGGUCAUCGUGAUGAAGCGAGGGAACAUUCUGGAAUAUGACAAACCUGAGACUCUCCUGGAGCAGGAGGACGGGAUGUUUGCCUCGUUCGUCAAAGCUGACAUGUAGACACACGGACAGUCAGCGUUCGGAUCAGCGCUCGUUCAGAUCAGUUGGUUGAUCUUCUCCUUUUGUUUUUGUUUUUUAACUUUGGAUUUUUUUUUUUUUUUUUUAUGUGGACAGGACUCUGUGACACUGAAACACUCCAGUGAAGCCAAAAACACAGUGUUUUUCUUAUGGAGAAGCUUCUCUGUGUGUUCAGUAGAUGGAAAAACAUCCAGAAACACCAUCAGUCACUGGUUAGUGUGGUUUUACAGGUCACACUCGAAACAUUCACUCAGUUUAAAACUGCCUAUUUAAGAUAUAUCAUGUCUACACACCUUUCAUUAUACCACUGAUAGACUGGGCAUCGAGUCCAUCAGUUGGUUCGUCCAGUUUUCACAGCGACUCUGUGGAAAUUCAGCACAAACACACCUGCAAGUUGUUCACUGAACUAAAGGCCGGAAUAAUUUUAUGCUCUGGGAUCAGCAACAUUUCUGCAACCAGUAUGAAGAGUGAAAAGCUCAAAGUUACCAUGGAAAUAGUAAAGAUAAAAAUAAAUAUUUCUGCGUUCCUAGAACGAUCAUGAGUGAUCAAAUAUCUGCGAGCCACAGACAGAGAGGACGGGAAGUUGGAGACAGAUUGCUGGUUUUGGUCUUUUUGUGGGAUUUUUGUGGGCAGUAAGAAACAUGCAGCCUUAUCCAGCAUAUUAAAACAGAAGUGUUUUGAGGCAGUGUAAAUAACAUGAAGUGUACAGACCUUUGACGCUCACUGUGUCUGUGGCCUCGUUUAGCAUUUAUACAGCAGAGUUGAAUAGUUUUAGAUUGAGCUGUAAGGAUCUUUUUAUAUUGAUAGAAUUUCAAAAGUCUUUAAUUAUCUUGUGUAAAAAAAUAUUUGUUACCUUCUUUUCGAUUAUUCGCCACCUGUAUCAGUUUAUACUCUUUAUCACUUGUAUUAUGCAAUAACACUGACGGGAGAAACCUGUUUUUAAAGUUACUGAAUGUGGGCUUUGGCCAGUGUUUCUCUGAGCUGCAUGUAUCGAUGCACGGUGCAAACUCUGUCACUGUAAAGGAUUUUAAAUCUUUAUAUUUUAGACCCUGGUGGAGUUUGUUCUACAGUUUAAUGUUAAGUUCUGCUAUAGAAGUAAAGCUGAUAGAUCCGAUGUUACUGCUGUGUUCAGGCCUGAUCCGCUCCGGCAGUUUUCGACAUGUCGGAUUCAGAUUUCAGUUCAGAGUCAGAUGUUUGGGGAAGGACAGGGUGAGACGUCUUUGCUACAACGUGAAGCCGUCAUGCUCAAAUCCAAGCAGGUAAUUGCAGGGUCGAUUAUCCUGGUGCUUCUUGUUCUGUUCCAUCCUCUUCACAACAGAUUAGACAGAGGAAUUCUCCGUCGCCGGAUUUGCUGCCAACUUUUCUGCCUGUUGUGGAAAAUCCAAAGAGGAGACGUCAGAUCUUACUUAGUCCUCAUUCCUUUGCAACUUUUUCCAGUUUUUGAUGAAACAUGACGUCAGUGUGACAGAGACUGAAACAUCUUUGACGCAACAGCAGAACUCCCACGGUCGGAGGACGGAGGAGGCAACACGUCGUUGCCAACUUUGGUGGAAAGAAGGUGAAAGUAUCAGAAACAAAAUGAAAACUUUGCACGGCCACACAGGAAACGGUUUCAGAACAGAUGUAGUUUCACUGAUCACUGUACUUCGCACAGUGUUUAUGAUAAAGAACAUUUCAGUUCAGGAUGAGCUGUGAAAGAACGACGUGCACUUUAUUAUAAUCUGUACCUGACUUUGUGCACCGACUUCAAAAGCAGUUCAGAUCAGUAAAAAGUGGAUUUUGUUUCUGGUACAUGACCACACACACACACACACACACUUGUUCUAUCAGUUGUAUUUCUAUGCCUACACUAGUACAAACACUGUAGGGUGUCACGGCUCGGCGUGAGGCCGGUGGACCCGCUGUCUGUCUGUGGUCAUGCUUUGCUGAAUUUAUUAUCGUCGGGGACAAUAGACACCGAACACAAGCUCCCAUCACAGUGAGAGACUGAGUGAUCGCUCACGAACAGCUCACAGUUUGAGCUUCUCGGGAGUGGUGCUAUUGUCCCUUUGUAUUAUUGUGUAUUGAUUAUAGUUACUUUGCUUUUAAAUGAGACUGUAAAAUGACUGUACUGUACAGACUGAACACGGUUCCUUUGCCAGGAUUUCAGCAUCUUUUUUUAAAAACACAUUUUAUUCCCAGAUGUUUUAUUCUCAGAUUCCAGCUCUGUGGUUUUUCCAUUCUUACACUGUGUGUGUGUGUGUCAUAUGCUACACACACACACACACACACACACGAUGUGAGCGUGUUGGGGUUAUUCUAAGACUCGUGCCACUUGUUGAUCACAAGCAUCAAUCAAGAACUUUAUUUCUUGAUUAAUUGAUUGAGCAUGGAAGCAGACGAGAACCUGUUUAACUCCGGCUUCGGAUUCUACGUCUUUCUCUCGUUCAUGGUUCUGUUUUUCAGUUUUUUUCCAUUUCUUUUUUACUCGUUCAUCUUUUGUCUCUGCAGUUUCUCCAAGUUCUCCUUCUCCGUCUCCUUCUCCUCCGUUAAUGACUGAGAGUUCUUCCUCUUCUUUGAUUCAGCCGCCUGUUUUUCUGCCCUUGGCUGCGAGUAGGUUUCAUAAAUCUUUUGUGUUUAGUUUUAACGCACGUUUGUGCGUGUAUGUGCGUGUGUGCGUACGGAUGUGCUUCCAUGCAGCGUUUGUGCUUGUGUCUGUGCAUUCACCAGCCAGAACCUGCAGAGUGCUGCCUUGCUAAUUCUUUGUCUCUGAGUGUGCCAGUGCAAAAACAGACGAAAAGGAAAAAGAUGGAAAGACGAUUUAUUUUCUUUUAUACUGUUUUAGGACAAAGAGAAGAGAGAUUUGAUUUAAUGAAAAGCAGGACACGUGUCAGUGUUGACAAGUGAUUUUUCUUCUGCAGUUAUUUAAAGCUUAAAGCAGCUGUGUGUUCUCUCUUAAACCUCAUGUGAACCGAGACGUCUUUCCCAUGUUUAGUUUUGGGAAACAAACCAACGUAAAGAGACUUUAAGUUUCAUACUUUAAAUACAGCACAGGUGGAAAUGUGGGUUCGUUUCCAUCCAAUUUGAAUGGAUCACAGAGCGAACACAUGAUCAGAGCUAUGCACUCAGUUUUCUCUGGACUUUGACUGUUAAAGUAAAAGCAACUUUAAAAAAAUUAAUUUUCAUCAGUACAGGUUUAGGUUUAUUUUUAAAUUUCUAAAUGUCUGUAAAUGUACAUUCAGUAAGUAGAAGCCUGUUUAUCCGAGAAUUUAACAUAUACACAUGGCAAAGUAUUAU